AGGCGCGGGAAGACUUUGACCACGCUUGUUGUUAGGUGGGAGGAGCAGCAGCAGCAACAGGUUCGAGCUACUUUCAUAAACAAAAUUGUCUUAAAUCGGUGUAAUUUUUGAAGAUUUUGGUUUUGACCUUUUAACGUCGCGUUGGUUUUUGUGAACAUUAGGUUACGUUUUUAGCGCAUUGAGCUGACUUAAGAGACUCGGAGAAUGAGUUGUUUUGUUUUAAAUUAAAAAAAAAAACUUAGCCGUUUUGGUGUUUCGUAGUAACAAAUCACCUUACUUCUCAGUAAGAGCUUGUUUAAUUCGGUUGUGUGGAUAUUGGAGUUUAAACUGGACUGUAUUGUCGUCGUUUGACGGCAGAAGACCCGCAGAAUUGUUGUUAUUUGUGACUAAAAGGACCGGUCUAAGGGAAGUUGUGUUUAGCUAAGUGGCUAGCUAGUUCCAGGAGUCGUUACGCCUCUACUGGGAGCUCAGAUUCCCCGGUAGCUAAAGUUAAGUAGGUCGUGUUUGUUUGAUAUGCUUAGCUUGUUUCGUUCAGUUUAUUUUCUUUAGACGGAUAAUUUGAUUAGCGUUAACGCCUGUGUUGGGUUUAUAUCUUUGUGUUUCCUUCUGGCCGAGAAAAUGAGUUUCGGCUGCCGACGGCACGGAGACUUCUCUCCAAACCUUCGGCCGAUUCGCCAGAAAUUGCACUUUUCAAACAGCGAUGGCGAAGAUGACAGUAUCGAGGAGGCUAAUAACAGUACCGGCGCUGAGUCCGGUUUUACCGAGCUGGAUUCUCCGGUAUCCCUGCGGCGAAACAGCACGGAGAAGAGAGCCGACGAGCUGAGCAGCAGCCCGCUGAGCCGAACCAGAGAAGAAGAAGAAGACGACGACGACGCCGAGUCUUGGGACGAGGAAGGUUUCGGUUCUCCGUCUCACCUCAGAGUGAGCUUUUGUGGAGCAAAGAUCCCAUCACCGAGAAAAAGUCCUCGCGCUUACGACAGCUCGCCGGAGAGGAGGACGACGUGCAUUCAGGACGACGUGGAGGGCUCGAGCUUCCCCAUUCCUGACUGUCCGGAUACCCCGCCCCAUAAAACCUUCAGAAAACUGCGGCUGUUCGACACCCCACACACUCCAAAGAGUUUGCUGUCCAGAGCAAGGACUUCAGCCUCUGCAAGCAGGAGAGUCGCGCUUUUCAAGAAUGUGGAUUCCAGAGGAAAGGCGAGUCUCGACAGAAGGCGAAACCAAACCCCUCUAGUGAACAUUAACCCCUUCACCCCGGAUUCAGUGGUCGUCCAGUCAUCAACUCAACAAAGAAACCACAGAAAGCGCUCUCACUGGAAUGACUCCUGUGGAGACAACAUGGAGCCAAGUGAUGCUGAGAUUGAGGACGAAAUUAUUCCACCUUCAAAGAGAAUUACGAUGAUGGAGAGUAACAUGGUGUCCAGAUAUACAUCAGAGUUCCAUGAACUAGAGAAGAUUGGUUCUGGACAGUUUGGCUCGGUGUACAAAUGUGUGAAAAGACUAGAUGGCUGCAUCUAUGCAGUCAAGCGUUCCAAGAAGCCUUUGGCAGGAUCUGUGGAUGAGCAAAAUGCACUUCGUGAAGUCUAUGCACAUGCAGUUCUUGGACAGCACCCUCAUGUGGUGAGAUAUUAUUCUGCCUGGGCUGAAGACGACCACAUGCUGAUCCAGAAUGAGUACUGCAACGGCGGCACCUUGUCUGAUGUUAUUGCUGAGAACUACAGACGUAUGCACUUUCUGUCUGAGCUAGAACUGAAGGACUUGCUCCUGCAGGUGUCCCGUGGGCUCAAGUACAUCCACUCGACAGCACUUGUGCACAUGGACAUUAAGCCAAGUAAUAUAUUUAUUUCAAGGAAAUCUGCAGUGAGUAGUGAAUUUGAAGAUGAGGAGGAGGAUGGGCCCAGCACUAAUGUGAUAUACAAAAUAGGUGACCUAGGCCAUGUGACCAGGGUGACGAACCCACAAGUUGAGGAGGGUGACAGUAGAUACCUGGCUAAUGAAGUUCUUCAGGAGGACUAUAGUAACCUGACAAAAUCAGACAUCUUUGCUUUGGCUCUGACGGUUGUCAGUGCAUCUGGAGCUGAGCCUCUGCCAACCAACGGAGAACAAUGGCACAAAAUCCGACAAGGAAUCCUACCCCAUAUUCCACAAGUGCUCUCUCAAGAAUUUUUAAGCCUUUUAAAGCUUAUGAUUCAUCCUGACCCCACACGCCGUCCAUCGACCUCCGACCUCAUUAGACACCCUGUUCUGCUGACCACCUCCAGGAUGAAUGCUGAUCAGUUGCGUGUGGAACUUAAUGCAGAGAAGUUCAAGAAUGCCCUACUCCAAAAGGAACUGAAAAAAGCCCAGCUUGCCAAAGCUGCAGCAGAGGAGAGAGUUCUGUCCAUAGAUAGAGUCCUGACACGUUCCACAAUCCAGUCUGGUUCCAGAAGCUCUCGGCUUAUUGGGAAAAAGAUGAACCGUUCUCUCAGCCUCACAAUUUACUGAAUGGACCGUCAAAUUAAUCAAUUUGACAAAGACUCUCUCCGUGGGAGGAACAUUGGUGCUGUAUUACAUUUCACAUGGAGGCUGGUUUGACUAUUCCUGUUUGGACAGCUUGCAUCGUCUCAUGACUGUUUGUGCUUACACUAUUCUGAUACAAGCGAGAUGGUUUUGAAAUGGGGAAAAAAAACAAACCACUUUCAGCAACUGAAAAUCUCCGUUAAAACAUCUAUCACUUUGUACUGGCCAUAGACUGCUUUUAAUUGCAUGGUUGAGUGAGUUCCUUUUACAGAAUUUCAGUUUUGCAUACGUCAUGUGUAGAUAUUUCUUAAGGGAGAAAGCUUCCUUAUUUUGUUUUUCUUUGCUCUUCUCCAACUUUCACAAAAGGAGGUCUGCAUGUUGGUCAUAGCCAUGGAGGUACUAUGAACCCAUGUGAAUACCUGAUUAUCUGAAUAUUCCAGACCUAAGACUUGUGCACCUUACUGCCUGUAAAAUGCCUUAUGUUGAGCAACGAAGGUUGGGCCCUAUGUGUCAAUUACCGUUAAACCGAGCACUUUGGAGGCAAUGGGGAACUCGCCAGAAAGCCUGCUGCUAUUCAUGUUUGUCCAUUUGCAGUUAUGGUUGGAAAAAUAUGAUCUACAUUUUUAUCUUUUUUUUUUUUUCUCAUUUCAAGCACAGAUUUCUUUUGCUAUCCAAACACUUCAGAAUAAUUUCCUUUGAAUGUGUUGUUCUUUACAUAAAUCACAUGUAUGCAUUUGGGUUUUUUUUCAUGUAGAAAAGGUGUAGAAUUUCAGAUGUACAUAGGAUUUGGUUACAUUUAGAAACUGCAACAUUUUAAGCUAAAUUUAUAUCACCAGUCCAAAUAUUUGACUGGACUGAAAAGACUUCCAUUUCAGUAUCAAGCCUGUUUGUAGCAUUAAAUUGCAUACUUUUUAAAAAAAAAACACCUUGCAGUAUCAGUUAAGAAGUCAAUAUUUUAUUGUCUGCUACUGUUUUGUCAUUGGGGUACUCUUUCUUUUCCCUCCUGGAUUUUGUUCUACAGAACAUCACCUUUGCUGUAAAUAUGUUCUUUUUAAUAAAAUAGAUUAACACAUG